AUGAGCUACAUGUUAUGCUCUAGGCCUUUGGGUGGUGAUAUGCCUUUUCGUAUGUUUUUUCUACCUCAACAAACGUUUGACCAAUGCGACUCAGGGAGUAAGUCAAUGUUUUCAAAGUUUUCACCUUCCCUUCAGUUCGAGCCUCCUAUUUACGCACUUGCUGCCUCAAUUAUAAUAUGUGCUUCUGUGGUAUUUAUGCAUUAUGUCUGGGUCUUCAGGGAAAACGAAAUCUACCUCGGUUUGAUUUGCUUUCCGAACAAAAUUCCAAGUGAUGAUUGGGUUUCCCUCCUCUGGGCUGUGAUAGUUGUGGACUUCAGUCUCAAAAUCUUCACAAUGUUUGUGAAAUCACUCCUUAUCUUUCUUUCCUCAAAGUCGAUGCGAAUUUCCACUCGCAGUGUCGUCCUAGUCUGGAUUGAGUUCAUCUCCCAGGUCUACCGAAACAUUCCGCCGGCAGUUUCGUGGUUCAGGCAUUUGAGUGCGGACAGCUCUCCAGCGGAUCCGCAGUCACUGGGCUCUCGCAUCUUCUUCUGUAUUUUGUACGGCCUUCUUAAGCUUUUCGCGUGUGGCAUGCUGAUCUCCAACAUGCGGCCAAUUUUCUCACCCCGAACUUUCGCACCGCCCUACCAAACGAACUACGCCAUGUCGACAGGCGAUGAGGAAAUGUGCACUUUGUGCUUUGAAAGUUUCAGUAAAACCGUCGCCGUUUUGGGCUGCAAUGUGAGUUUUACACGUGUUCUCUCCUUUUUGUCCUUGUUUUUGAUGACGGUCCAGCACAAGUUCUGCAGGGACUGCGUGGACCGGUGGCUCAUCCACUUCAACGAGUGCCCCCUGUGCUCGCACAAUCUGGGCUCCGACUUCAAGGCCUGGCGCGACGGCUCCACUUCGGCUCUGGUGCAGUUCUUCUAG